UGCACAUCUCACUGGAUCCUGUCUCCUUUAUGUCAAAGUGUCCACAGUGCCUUUGCGAAUGAUCGCCAGUGGGAGAUUGACUGCAAGCCUUCCGACAUCAGCAGCUGCUUCUGGUCGGGUUACUUCAACUUGUACGACCAAGAAAUGAGCUACAACUGCCCGGCCAAUCAUGUUAUAGUUGGCUUCUACAGCGACUACCAGAGCUAUCACGGAGGCAGAAGAUGGAAUGUGCUCUGCUGCACCACCACAAAACUGAUCACAUUUGACUGCCGGGAAACACCAAUGGUCAACUAUUGGACUGAAGACUUUGAUUGGUACGUCCCUGGAGACAACUUCCUGACAGGCAUCUACACCCACAACAAGGAUAACAAUGGAGAUCAUCGCUGGAGCUUCAGUUACUGCAGAGGAACAACACAAGACACCCAGACAGUCAACUCACAAAUCCUUGCAGCAAACAAACCAGUUGAAAGCUAUUUAACUGAAGGGGAUGUUGCAGUGAAAAAAACAAGGAGUGCAACAGUCUGCAGUCAGUGCAAAUGGCCAAAGUCAAGUCAGAUGGUCGAAGUACCUUAUGUUGUAAACAGUGACUUCACGAGUGCUGAAAGGAGCGCCAUUGACAACGCCAUCAACGCCUUCCACCUGAGCACUUGUAUCCGCUUCGUUCCUCUCAAAGUUCAGACCAACUACAUCAGCAUUGUGAAGGCCACCGGAUGCUGGUCUUAUGUUGGACAAACAGGAGGGGCUCAGCAGUUGUCCCUUGGUAGCGGAUGCAUUCAACAUGGCGUCAUCCAGCACGAGCUCAUCCACACACUUGGCUUCUGGCACGAGCAAAGCAGAAGUGACAGGAACAUUUAUGUCAGGAUCAACUACGAAAACAUCGACGACGCUUAUAAAAGUAAUUUUGACCAACGCGAUACAAAUAACCUCAAUGUUCCAUAUGACUACUCCUCUGUCAUGCAUUAUGGACCGAAGGACUUCUCAAAGAAUACAAAGGACACCAUCACUCCCCUCGAUCCCUCAGCACAAAUAGGUCAGAGGAAACACAUGUCAGAAAAUGACAUACUGAAGAUCAACAAGCUCUAUGGCUGCAAGGACUACCUGCACAAAAAUGGCAACUGGGACAAUGUGUUGGGUGAUGAUUUGAGUCGACAGUGUCCUUAUGGCCAGGCUGUUUCUGGCAUCACAAGUGUCCACAAUAACGACCAGAAUGAUCGACUGUGGGGGAUUUCGUGCAAGGCUUUCAAGGAAACGAGGACAUGCCGCUGGUCAAACUAUGUGAACAAUUACUGGGGAGACUUGGACUUCAAAUGUGGUGACAACCAGGUGAUAGCAGGGGUCUACGGUGAACACAGCAGCCUCUUUCAGGACAGGAGAUGGAAGUUUUAUUGCUGCAGUGCCUUUAACUUUGCUACAUUGGAGUGCAAAAAAACACCAGUCAUCAACUACUGGAAGGAGUAUUUCAGCUGGCCAGUCCCCAGCAGCAACUUCCUCACAGGCGUGAAGAGCAUCUUCGAUAAGACAACUCGCGAUCGUAGAUGGAGCUUCUCAUACUGCCAGGGGAAAACCCAGUGAAGCUACCAGGAACGGGAAGAUCCCUGACAAGGUUUCCUGAUGUGUAGAAACAACCAUGCCCCAAACUGAUUAAGGGGUCAUCUCUCCUUUCCGAAACAAGUUUUGAUUGUGGUCUUUCACCAUCUAAGACUUAUUGUUUUGUGUGUCACAGUACAUGUAUAUAUAUAUAUAUAUAUAUAUAUAUUU